GCUCGGAUCCCUUUGGAAUGUCCUGGGUGGCGACCGCAAAGACGUCAAAGGAAAGGCGAUGACGUUCAUAGACAGGAGAAUACUUAGGCCUUCGUCCGUCUGGGUGUGAAGGAAUCCACCGGCCAAUAUUAGCGUCUUCCUUCUUCUCGACCUCUCGGAUCAGGUACGACGCACCAAUUUCAACAAGCGUGCGCUCCGUUCCUUUCGCCUUGGAUUCGUGUCCAAACUUUUCGACAAACGUCACAAAGUCCUCUAUGACAGAAACGCCUCCGUACUCGGUAGUUUCCUUGAGGUUCUCAAUGGCCUUCUGGGAAAGACUCAAGGAGCUCGCCAAGUGUUCGGGCAUGAUGUAGGCUCCCUUCGGAAUAUCAGUGUUAGCAAAGACGUGAGUGCUAGAUAUGGACAUAUCCUCACCUUCUCCUUCCCAAUCAGCAGUCACCUUGAAUGGGUUUUCCUCUUCACUUUCAAAGUUAAAUUCGAAAAUAGGUUUCUUGAAGUCCAAGUGUCGGUACGAACACUCAAAAGGAGUGGGUUCUCGACGGCAAUAUGUAGUCUCCCAUGCCUUGGGUGCGACUUGGUAUCCCAAGUGGGUGAUUCCAUCAAAAUAGGAGAGGGCGCGGACCUUGGAAUGAGUCUUGACGAUUCGAGAAUAAAUUUCGUAAUCAAUCUGGUCCGAAGUAGCGUAAAAGAGACGACGGCAUGACUCGGACUUGCAUACAAUCAUAAAUGCACGAGGCUCAGAAAAUCCGCAAUGCGGGUCUUCGUAAACAAACAUCGCCUCGACUGCGUUCAGGGCUUCCAAGUUUUUAAAGAGUUCUUCGCGGGGAGCAUUGAAUCCAAUGUCAGGACGAGGAUCCAAAAUCGUCGGAGCCCUUCCGAUUUGAAUGACCAUAAUACCUUCCGAUGUCAAUGAAUUCAAAAUAGCUUCGAGGUGGGCAGUAUCGUACAAAUCUUUGGAAAUUGCGGCAGAGGCUUCGGGUUCCAUGGCAUCCACAAUGACAACAUCAAACUUCUCUUCUUCAGCCUUGCGUUCCAUGAACCAUUCCUUAGCGUCCUCCGUAACCAAAUUCAAAAUCUCGUCGUCGAAACAGUUGUUAGAUCGCCCAAGGUAAUCAGAACAGUCCGACAUAAAAGGCAUGUAUGUCUUGGAAAUUUCAAUCAACUCGUCAUCAAUUUCAACCAUCGUAACGGAUUCGACCGUCUUAUGCUUCAACACCUCUCUCAAAGUAGCACCCUCUGCACCUCCGACGACCGCCACACGUUUGGGAUCGGGGUGUGAAAACAUACCGGCAUGAACCAGCGCCUCGUGGUAUUCCUUUUGAGAGCUAGAUUCGGACUGAAGGAUUCCAUCCAAAAAAAGCAUGCGAGUUGGCGAGACAACCUCGGCAGUGUUCCAGCGCGGAUCGCCCGGUUGGAGGUUGUGCCUGAGGGCAUCCUCGUGAGAGGGUGUUUCUUCAAGCCCCACCAUGUCCCAGAUAUCUACGCGUUGAAACUUUGUCAGUUUGCUAAUGAUCUGCUCCUUGACGGGACAGUCGAUCGGCGACCAAACCAUUUGCGAAAGGUCGGAAUUGUGGUCCAAGAUGGCAUAGUUGUCGUUUCCUUUGUCAGGAACCUUGUCCUUGUUGCGGAAACCACGCAAUUCGUGGGACCAUUGCAUGCUGAUUGUAUCGUUUUCUCGAGGAAUACCGAAAAGAUCCUGGAUUGUCUUGACGGCGGGAACCAAAGGGUUGUUUCCGCAUGUAAAUAAAUCUAGGGUGAUCACACCCUCGUCGGGCCAGGUGUGGAAACUGAUGUGGGAUUCUAGUAAGACCCCAACGCAGGAAACACCCUUUGGAAUCAGCUUGUGGCAGUGGUACGAAAGCAUUGUUAAGCCGGCUUCGUUAACAGUGUCUACCAUUGCCUUGGCAAGACGUUCUUCGGAAUCCAAAAAGGCGGCUUCGAUUCCUUUGAUGUCGACCAAAAGAUGCUUUAAGCGAAAAAGGGGGGACGGAGGGACGAAAGAGUGAGGUGGUCGACAGUAAUAGCAAACAAGUGCUGCUAAUAAAAUUGAGCAACAACACGCCAACACGCCAACACGCCAGCACUCCAAAGCGUUGCGCCGCUUCUGUACUUUCUAGCAGAAAUUUGCAACGUACCUGUCCAGCGGGUUCGUGCAACUCUCCAUCAUCGGCAGCUGCCUGUGCAGCCAAAAGGGAUUCGGCUUGAUUAACCUCGACCGAAGUGACAGAAGGCAAAUCCUGGUUUUGAGUCAUUCCUUUUGUCUGUACCGCGGGCCCAAGUCCAACGCCCACACCAAACGAUACAGCCAUGGCAACAACUAUCACCGAGACAAACACGCGGAUAUCCACUGCAUAUCGAUGAUCUUCUCCUGCCAUUUUGAUUACGUCAACUAUUUCACUAGACCUUCGAAUGCAAUUGAAUCUUUUUCCUUUUGUUGUGUUGCGUUCCCUAGUUUCAAUUAACGAUUCUAAGGUGU